AUCAACAUUAUGACGACGCUAAUGUGGCAGAUGGCUAGAAACCAGAAAAUGCAUCAUCCGCAGUACGCGGUACUUGUAGCGCCUCUUAAAAUUGCUGUGAUGCUUGAACAUAGCCAUUGUUCUCAAACUGUCAAAUAGGCAGUAAGCCCGUUCACGUUCAUUUGAUACGGUAUACCUUUAUUAUGAUGAAGAGAAGUAGUGUAAGUAGUGAUGGUAAGCUUUUAAUAUGUUCAGAGAUCUGUGUGUGUCGGCACGGCGAAACAACUAGCUUCCAUGCAUGGCGGUGCUGCGAUGUCGGUGAGGGUUUGGCAUUGCUUUGCUGCAUCACCAGCGCGUGCGUGCGUGCGCAGGUAUAGUUUGUGUUUACGUCGUGCUUCAGUGUAGCAUCCAUUCAACGCUCACCCCAUCACCGAUCAACGACAGAGCUUCCGGUUUGCCUGCACGAUAUGAAUGUGAGAGCAGUUGCCUUUUUUUUUUUGUUUUUUUUUUUAGAAGCACAUCCCCUUAUAAACUUUAGCGGCCAAGCCGUUUUGUAAUGAUUAAAAUAUAGAACAAAGAGAACAGACAUUGAUUGAUUUGCCAUAAAAAUGCAAAAUAUCAGACGAUCCCAAUCCAGCCACUACUUCAUGCUUUUGUGCGGCCAUGAGAGAGUACUUGCAUUCAUUCUCACAGUUAGUGAUUUGGUGCAGAUAUUUCCAUUAUUUCAGGAUGUUAACCUUGCCAUGUAGUCUGGGAUAAGUCAUGGAGUUUUUACAUCAGGGGCCCCAGUGGAAAACCUGCUGACAUUGCACUGCUUCUGUCUGCAUUCAUGAUGACUAAUGCUGGAUAAUUUAGUGCAGGCAAACACAAAACAGUCAGGAAUUGUCCUAGGAUCUGAUUGGAGUUAUAGUGUUUGGCCCAGGGCUGCUCUGGUAAUGAACUGUUUGCUCUGUUUGUUUUUUUUAAAAUAAACGAGCGUACUGUAACUGUAUACUCUCAACACACAUUCUACUACACUGAGAACAUUGACAACUAGGAAUGACAUAUAUACAAGGAUUUUGAAAUGACAAAUUUUGUCCGGUUCUUCCACUGAUUCCCAGCAAGGCGUGGGAAGAGGGAAGGCAGGGGGUUGGCUGUUUUGCUGAGCAGAAAGUGGUGCUCCACAGGGAAAGGCAAAAUAACCCACGGACUACUGCUGAGAGCUCUGUAAACUUACUACCAAGUGUAAAAACACUACUGCGCGUCCGCACCGCCCACUCACAAUGAUCGCAAACAACAAAAAGACUAUAUAUUAUUAUUUUAUGAUUAUGAAGUAUUUUGUGUAUGAAGUUAAAAUAAAAAUGAUAUCAUGGAAAAUAAUUUAAUUUGGAUUCACUGCAGUCGAAACACCAAUAUCACCCUUCUCAUUAAUACAACAGUAAUAAAACAAACUCAAUCAUGUAAUAGAAAAUUCAUUUAACCUUCAUAAACUUUCAUUUGUAUUUAAUUCAUUAUUAUUUUAAUCUUUAACUUUACUGGUAAUGCAAUUGACAAUAGAUUCUCAUUUGCAAUAUCAACUUAUCAGCAGACAGCAAAGGAUAUAGUUACAAAUUUACAAGUUAAUUUACAAUGGUAAUAGUUCGAAGAAUGUCAGUCUGAAUGGUUGACAGCCCUGCACUAGACCAUUCUCAGGCUCUGUUGAAUAUAUUGUAUGUUCACAGCAAUGUUAGAUAAUAUUUUAUUAUGUAAGGCAGAUUUUCUCAGCGGCAUCUGCUCCUGAUGGUACGUAUGUCCAUACUUUAUUCGAACAGCUGCAACUAGGAUUUAGUCAUGAAUGUUUUCCUAAGAUUGGAUUUUAGGAGCUCUUGUAUAACUAACUAAUAUUGCUUGUUCUAAGAAUGUCCUCCGUUCAUCCUUUUGUUUGUUGUCCAUAUGAAAGUAAAAUUGGUACUGAGUGAAUCAAAAAUCCAAGCGAAUCAAUUCAAAUCAGGGCCUUGUGGAUUGAAUCGACUCAAUUCUGAAAAUAAUAAUAAUAAUAAUAAAAUCUAAAUCAAUACCCAUUCCCUAUUAUUUGUUUUUAUUGUUAUUCUAUUAUUAUUUGUGGUAUUAUUGUUCUUCCUCUUAAUGUUCUCAUCAUUGUUAUUAUUGUUGUCAUUUUUAUUAUUAUUAAUAUUAGCAUAUUUAUUAUUUAUUGUGAUUUAUGUUUCUUUUGUUACAGCUCAUGUACAAGACUUUGUUAAAAGUGUAGUUGUUAAAGUGCUCGCCCUAUAAAUAAGGUCGAGUUGAGGUCUUCUCUAAAUCUUUAAGCAUUGCUCAGUAGCUCUGUGCUAAACCCAUUAGCUUGGAUACAACGGUGCUGUAGCUUAGUGCUUAGUUACCACUUUAGACAGCGGUUCCAGUGUUCUACUAUAUUUUUUAUUUUUUUUAUACUAUAUUUUGGCCUAUUUUAUAUGUGUAGUGAUAUAUUUUAGAAAACAACUAUGGCCAUGGAUGUAUUGUUGUCCCUGUUGUCGACACAGCAUUCAUGUGAUGUAAUAUUAAGCUCGUUGUGAGGUCGUACUUGCUUUUGCGAUGGGCAACGAUGUGUACCGUGAUUGUGUGCUUCCUCCUUCGUCAGGUUAUCAAAUGCUUGAUAACUGUUUGGAAUUCCAGAAACUGCUCUUGUGUCUGCAGGAGCAGCACGGGGGAGCUCCUCACUUUUGUGACGUCACAAAUUCACGACCUGGUCAUUUUCUUGAAUAAUGCGAGGCUGGUGCUGAGACAGAAGGAAUAAGGAAGAGUUUGAGAAUAUAGAUAAACAAAGGAAAACACUACUUUGUGGGUGUUUGCUGUGGUUUGCUCCGACAACCAGCAGUACCUGGAGGAGAAGAGGGAGGCAUCACGUUGUAACAGCCAAAGUUUGGAAAACUGAAGUGGCAAUCGCAUUCCUUCAGUCUAUGCUAUGAAAGACUACAGAUGUAACUCCGAUAGUGAGGAGAGCUGAAGCCAGGGUGUAAACUGACAGUUUUCCUUUCCUCCACAUCCUCUGGUAUCCAUUCAUCUUUGUACAAACACCACUGCAUGCACACAAACAAACAAACAAACAAACAAACAAACAAACAAACAAACACACACACACACGUACGCAUGCACAUUCUUGUCUCUUCCAGUCUGUCUUUGAGCUUGUUCUCGCUUGAUGAAUGUAAUUGGGCUCACUACUUUGAGUUUAGCACUGAAGACUAAAAGUAAGAAUUCCUCUCGGAAUUAAAUAUUUGUCCAGAGUCAAGUUGAAGAUUCACUGGUUCUUCUCUGUGAUGGUGUCUUUCCUGUCUGUAGGUGGUCUUCUUUCCACGUUGUGUCUUCAUGUUUUGGGGGUCCUUCAGUGCCCCCGCCCUCUGUCAAUCCCCCUGCUCCUGCUGCCACCACGGCCGGCCACCCCAGACACUCAGUUGCCAUGCCAACAGAGACAUUGUCUCCAGCUCUGCCAGAUAGCAAGGCCACUGGCACUGCAACACCUUUCAGUUCUACUGUACCCCUUCGAAUCCUUAACAAGGGCCCAGACUACUUCAGGAGACAGGUUGAACCCAACCCGAAACGUCUCAGCGCUGUUGAGAGACUUGAAGCUGACAAAGCAAAGUAUGUUAAGAGCCAAGAAGUUAUCAACGCUAAACAGGAACCAAUCAAACCACCCAUUUUGGCCAAGCCUCCUAUUGUUCAUUCUAAGAGAACUGGAGUGAGUGGCGGAGUACACGGAGGCGGAGUACCUUUCAAACCUUCAAAUAACAACGCUAAGUCAGACACAUGUGCAACGAGCAGCAAACGGGAAAAUCUAAACUUGGAGAUCCUAAAAAAUCUUCUUAACUCGUCGUCUUCUUCGGGUGCGGGCUCUGACGGGCUCGGGGGUGGAGCUAAGAGUGCUGUGUUGAUGAGGUCUUCUGGGGGACUGACAAGGAGUUGGACACCUUCCAGGAUGCCGUUAACCUACCGAUCCACAAUGGCUCUGAAUGAACAAUCACGAGACUCUGCUCCCAGUCCAAGUACCUCACAUUCCCUGCGCUCAUUUUCCCAUUCCUUGAAGGUUCCUCCAGGCAGUAGCGGUGGACGGUGCAGUCCACAGCUGGUAGGGAACCUCAAUCUCAGCAGAGUAUUAGAUGAAAGAAGACGUGAAGGAGGGCUUACGGAACGAUCGCGGUCUCCACUUCCGCCACUGCUGACUUCCCAUUCCUCCUCCGACCUUCUGCGCCUGUGCAACGGCAAGCCGCUCCGCACUGCUCGAUCCAGCAGCUCCUCAGCUCCGCCACUCCCCCCGAAACCGAACCCUGCUUCCCUCCCACCUCCUACCCUCUCAUUAUUACUGCCUCCCCCUCGUACAAACGUAUCCUCGUCACCUUGCAACAACACAACCCUUCAGUCGCUGCCAUGUGAUGUCGGAGAAGCUGCCAAUCCCUCAAAAGAUCCCAACCUGGAGUUGGAGCUGGGUUCCUCUGUAGCACGUCGUCCCUCUCUACAUAGAUCAAAAUCAGACCUGUCGGACAGGUAUGCCCGAGCUGGAGCUGACGUGGAACGUUUUUUUAACUAUUGUGGCCUCGACCCCGAGGAACUGGAGGCAGUUGGUCCAGAGAACUUUGCACGAGCCAAUUCGGACAUUGUGAGCUUGAACUUCAGAUCGGCUUCCAUGAUUUCCUCUGACUGCGACCAGUCACGGCGGUCUUCAAAUGACGGAUUGUCGGAUGGGGACGAAGGAGAAGAUGAGGAUGAGGAGGCCGGAGAGCGAGUUCCUUAUGGCAUCUCUGCUGUGGAACGUAACGCAAGAGUCAUUAAAUGGCUGUACAGCAUCAAACAAGCGAGAGAGACUCAAAAGGUCUCGCAUGUCUAGGUAGUGUUCUACAAUCAAACUGCUUCUCGGCUGUGAUGUGAUUUUUCUCAUUGCUCCAAGAUGGCUUUUGAGAAUGACAUGGACAGAAAAGAAAACAAAAAAUGACAUCAGCAAAAGAAUAGAACUUACACACGUACAAACCUUUAUGAACAUUAAAAUAGUUCCUUUGGGAGUAUUUUGGGACGCUGUACACUGACAAAUGUUCAAAUGUUGGAUUCAGCAACACGAACAAUGUGACGGCCUCAUGACAAAGAGCUACUGACCUAUCAUAGCGGACAAUCCAUCAAUUCACAUCUAGUUAAAUGAAAUGAAAUUCACAUCUCAUGUGAGCGCAGUUUGCUCUGGGUCCUCUGAAUCAUAACCCGCUUUGCCCGUUCAGCUGUUAAAAUAGGUCAAGUGAUCUGGAUGAAAGAGACACAGUGGACCAAUCAAACCUUGAGGAAAAUAAGGAUGGAACUGUCAUGGCUACUUCAGAUUUUACAUUCACACAAAGUGCCAUGUUUCCUCAAAUAGUCACCAGGACUCUUAAUAGAUGCCUGAAGGCGUCUCCACAAAGACAUUUUUUUUUCUCUCUCUGAAAAAAGAAAAAAAAAAAAAUCAGGUCGUGGCAGUACAUUUAUACUAAUUUUUAUGAAGUUGGCCUCGUGAAUUGAAAUUGAUCUUGUGGGCCUGAAGAAUACAUGGCUGCUACAUUUGGCUGUUGCGUAUAUAAACAUCCGUGGCCACUGUUUGAAGAAAUGCGGCACUUGAUGAAAUAAAUGUUACAGCUCCACAUUGUUUAUGCUAUAUUUGUGAACAAGAGCCCUCAAGCAGAAGCGGAGCCAUCUAUAACAUCACCCUUGGUUAUUUUGUUAAGACAGAUCAAAAUUCUUAUCAGAAAUGUUUUUGUUGCAUUGUCAAUGUAUCAAGUAAAUGAAAAGAAAUAGUGACCUCUUAAAGUCGGUUAUGCAGGUGCACCAUGUGAUCACAUUUAGGUCAUUCAUAUUUCUUUUGUUUUUAAAUGAAGAAGAAACAACAGAAAAGUUCAUCUGUCUUAAUGGGUUAUAAUCAGGACUCAAUUGUUCAUUGUUAAAGAAUUUCCCUCAUGUUGGUAUUGGUGAAUGCGAUGAGAUUGAUGUUGCUGUCAGCUAGGUUUUACUAAAAUUCCAUUUUUAAUAAGGUGGUUUAUUCCAUGGGAGGAAGAAAAACACAAAUAUGACAGAAUCAAAUAUUGUGUCACACGCCAUUUAACCGACAUUGGACCAAUGAGUGCUUUUGCAAAUAAAUGUACAUCUUUAUCAUUUUACAUUUCACAAGAUAAUUUGUGGGUUCCAUUUUUUUAUGAAUUCAAAAUCUUUUUUUUUUUUUUUAGCUGCAUGUUCAAAUUAGAAGAGAACAAAGUUCACAUUGAGUCACAUCCAUUGCAUUUGAGUUAUUUCAGUGUUAUUGUUGGAUCUUGGAAAUGCUCUCGGGGGUUCUGCCAACUAGUUGGGAGGAUUCAAAACGGUUUACAUAAGUGCUGCUUCUCUUGUGGGUGGAUCAUACAAACCUGAUUCCCUCUCAAGCUAAAAUUCAAAGUUAUGCUGGCACUGUCUGUCCACUGAAUACAAUUCAAAGUGACUGGGAGAAAAUUCAUAUAUCAGCUGUAUCAUUGCAUGACAUUGACAGUGAGACAUCAGAUUAUUAACUUUAGUUAAAGCAAUACUAAUAACAUGUCUGUUCACUGUUACGGACCAUGUAGGAAGGACAUUGUGGUCAUGUGGUGCCGGUGUUCUCCAACUAAUGUGUUUGUAGAUGCUUUUGCUACUAAUGACAUCCUUGCAUUAUGUAGAACAAAGAGCUCCAUUCAGGGUGUUGUUGCUGGUUCAGUUUAGUAUCUGAGUUCAACUCUCCAGCUCCCGAUAAUCAAGUCUCCUAAUUGUACGUGUUUCAGCUUGACCGUCCCCCCAGUUUACAUCUUUACAUUGGCGUGACCUCCAUUUUCAUUUUCUGCUUCAGGAUGUCAGAAGAAAGCAAUGUCACUGUCACAAUUUAGAUCAAUGAUAAAGAGAAUAGGUUAUAGCUGACUUGAGUGGCUUUGCAAGCUUGAUUCUUAGCCAAACUAAGCAAAACAAAAAUAUUUUAGCCAGAUGUAGAAAGUCACCGGUAAAGACGGCUACAAAAACAACAAUGGGACACCAGCACCUUGAGAAGAAUCAAAAGUUUUCAAACCUGCGAAUCUAUUUUCAGCAUAUUUAAAUGAAAAUGGCAUCCGUCUAUGUAAAUAAUAGAUUCCAGCUGUUUUCUGUUCUGAGGGGAGACUCGCAGUCCCACACUUUGGAAACCUGCUUUUGGUAUUUGAGCACUAGACAAACUAUUUCUUCUGCAUUCUUCUAAAAGUGAAUGGAAGCUAGUCCAAUUUCCUGCUAAAGGUUAAGCAAGUAUCCAUCCAUCCGUUAUGUUGCUGUUGAAUACCCUUGUCCUGUCAUUUGUGUUUUUCCAGUGGAAUCCAGAAAAAAAAAAGUCCCUGUCAGCAUUAAGUAAACAAGAGUGUAUUGUUCUUGCAAUGUCAUCAUACUAUCAGUUCUGUCUAAAAGAUUUGAAGUUCUUCUGUGGUACUUUUUUUUCUCUCUGUGUAAAUGAUAAAAGAAAAAAAUAUAUAAUUGCUUCUGGGGGGAAAUCAAUGUGUGGAUUUCUGUUUUUGGUUCGUUCGUUUCAAGGUUUGCAUUUUAGAAAAAAAUCCAAGCAACAUUCUUGGGUAACUGCCCUCAGAACCGAGCUGUCUGAUCUAACCUCGGCAAAAAGCUUCGUGUUGGCUGUGUUUUGCUGUGGAAACAUUCCAUUUUACUCGACUAAAAAUAAAAACAUUCAUGUUUAGGUUCUUCUAUUUUGCAUUAUUCCAAUAAAUGGAUUUUUGCCAUUGA